AAUUCUGGAGCGAUCUGUGUCUUCUUCUUCUUCUUUCCCCCCGCCUACUCACUUUUUCAAAUUUCCUGAGCAACACAAACACGCAGUUUUUCAUCUUCUCAGAGCUUUUGAUCACGAUGGAUUUGGCGGAAGGAGAAGGAACUACAGAGGAGAAGUACGACGUAGACAUCGUAACCACCGCUUCUUCACUCGGCGGCUCCGGCGUCUUCCAUAUCAUCAAUGACAUCGUCGGUUUCGUCCUAUAUAUGCACCAGCAGAUCCCUUCGGUAUUGCAAGACAUGACUCUUGACUUUGAUGGACUGCAAACAGAAUCUAUGGAUUUGGAGGCGCGUCUUACACAACCAGACGUGAAGCCGCUGGUCAGAAGAAAAAUCGUGAGUAGAAAAAGAGAGGUGAGGCAUGAAAUCAAGAAACUGCAGAAACUGAUGAGCUCCAUCUCUAGUCUCCGAAGCGCUCUGCAGUUGUUGAUCCGUGAAGCUCCUGACAUUCAGAGAGUUGUGUUAAUUCUUGGUGGUAGUCCAUUACGGCCUCAAAAAGCUUAUGAGUUGUUAUUCACUCAUAGUGAUAAUGGUCUGAGCUUUGAAGGUGACUUUUCCAAAAGCAAAGCUACAGAAGCACUUUCAAAAAAGACUAUCCGAGCACUGAUCUCGACGGGUGCUGGAUCAACUUCCUGCCCAGGUCCAAUGAGGCUCUUCGUAAUGGUUCAUGCUCCACCUUCUUUGAAUCUCCCUCAACAUUUCCUUCCUAAACGUGACUUCAGAUACAACAGGAAGUUUGUGCCUCUUAAGUUGCGAUUCAAGUGCGGAGCUCAAGAUAACGGGACAAAUUGUUCUUUCAACUCCGGCACAAAUGAUCUAAUAUGGUUUCAGUGUCGACAUGUGAUAAAGGGCUUAGCUUUCCAGCAACCAGUUGAAGAAUAAUAAUAGGACUUGAGAGUUGUGUUUCUGUCUGUUGUAAUUUUUUGUAACUACACCCACUUGCAGAUUUUCAGCAGUUUCUGUAUCAUGUACCGUUUUAUGGGUUUAUUCACAUGUUACCAAAC